AUCGAUUCUGUCCAGCCUGAUCCAAUAGUGAAGGAGGAAACGCAAGGGAAGAGGGGACUCGCGAGAGACGACAGCGGAGAUCCCAUCCCACACCCAUGCGCACAGCACAGGCGCAAGGCACAGCAGCCACGCUCGCGCACAUCGUCCUCCUCCCCGCUCCCCUCCUCGGCCUCGCGCGUGCGUGCCCGUCUUCUCCUCCUCCCGCUGUGCGCGGCUAGUAGAAAUAGCGCGUGCAGUCUGGUCCGCCCGCGCCUGCCCCCAACCAAUCCGACCCGUCCCAGCCCUUCACAUUAUCCGCGUGCGCGCGGGCGCUUUCGCUUUGGCGGCCGUCGCGCGUGGCGUCGCAGUGCGGCCGUGGUGGUGCGUGGUGCCGCCCGCUGGGAGGAGGUUCGGUCCGCGGCGGCGAUGGCUAUCCGCGGCAUGGAGGCGGCGUCCGUCACGCUCCUCUUCUCCUUCGCCUUCUUCUGCGCCCGCUUCCUGCUCGACCGCCUCGUCUACAAGCCAUUGGCAGUUUACCUUUUCAAUAGCAAAGCUUUUAAAUUGAUGAAUGAUGAGGCAAGGCAAGCAAAGACUGUCAAGUUCUCAGAGUCCAUUUGGAAACUUACAUACUAUGCUUCUGUUCAAGCAUGGGUCCUCUUGAUAAUAAAGCAGGAACCAUGGCCGUUGGAUACGAUGCAAUACUUCGAUGGCUGGCCGAGUCAACCCAUAACGUCCUCAUUGAUGCUUUUCUACAUGUGCCAGUGUGGAUUUUAUAUCUACAGCAUUGGUGCUCUUGUUGCUUGGGAAACCCGUAGAAAAGAUUUUGCUGUAAUGAUGUCUCAUCAUGUAAUAACAUCUACUCUAAUUGGAGUUUCAUAUCUGACCGGAUUUUUCCGAAUUGGGACAAUCAUUCUCGCAUUGCAUGAUGCAAGUGACGUGUUUCUUGAGACUGCCAAAUUGUGCAAGUACACAGAAAAGGAACUAGGGGCUAGCUUGUUUUUUGGUCUCUUUGCAAUCUCCUGGCUCCUAUUGCGUCUGAUUUACUUCCCAUUUUGGAUAAUCAAAACCUCUAGCUAUCAUUCCAUCACGUUCUUGAGGAGGCUGGAUGAAUUCCCAACAACUUUGUACUACAUUUUCAACACGAUGCUUCUCACAUUGCUUGUGUUCCAUGUGUACUGGGGGAAACUCAUAUGUUUGAUGAUCAAGAGACAAUUGAAUAAUAAAGGACAAGUUGGAGAUGAUGUUCGAUCUGAUUCCGAAGAUGAGGAGUGAUGGGGAUAUUCUUUGACAUCUGCAAUGUGCCAUUUCUUUGCUGAUACUUUUAUGCCUGCUUUCCAGAAUUGAUUGUUUGGUCUUGGCAAGCUUGGGGCAUAAGAAAGUUUGAUCUCUGUAUAUUGCCUUAUUAUGAUAUCGGAAAUGGCUAGACCGAGAAUGGAGCAGGUCCUAUACAUGACGGGUAUAGCUAGCAACAUACUUGAAGGUUCCUUCAAAAAUUUUGGUUCACCUUUUUUGAUAUGGGAAAAGACAUGGGAGGAGGGCCUGUUCUGUAGCUUUUUCCCGAAGCUUACAGAACCCCUCUGUACCAUGUUCAGUAUACUUCACCAGUGAGUAGAUUUAGUUCUAAUUCACGGUAAUAAAUUGAUUUUUUGGUCAGGAGUAAAUCUCACUUGUAUCUUUACUGAUGUUAUGUGAUGUGCAAUAAGUUUCAUGCAGAUAUAUAUA